GUUACGCGCAUCCGUGGCGGGCGGGGCCAGAUGGCCGCAUCUACGUGAUGUUGAAGCGGAGGGGAGAGUGGCCGCCAGCAAAUCAGAUUCCAGAAUCGGGAACGCGCGACAGGUACGCAAUCUGGAGCUAUGACCUUGACGACGGUGAGUGGAGGAGAGCUACUCCGCACUUGCCAGACUUCCGCGGCAAGACGCUGAAAACCUACACGCGAGGCUGCCCCAACUGUCAGGGCGUCUCUGGCUUCAACGGAACGGCGCCAUCCUGGAGCGGGAAGCAGCAGGUCAAGUACGGGAACGGCAAGCUUUGCGGAGCUGACCAAGACCCGGAUGUGAAGCCGCAGUGUUGGAAGCCACAAGGCUUCAGCUUGCCGACCUGGGGAGGAAACCACACCCGGGGCCUCUACCUUCGCGCUUGCCACGGGGAGGUUAGGGUGGAGCGCUUUGUGCUUUCCACCGCAGACAACUUGACCGAAGAUAUGUUGGAUGCACUUCCCUUGAGCGAGUUCAUGGAUGGGACCUGGCAAGAAGUUGCCGGGGAACCUCUGGUGAUAGAUCCGUCCAGGGCCACGCAGCUGUUUGCAGCGGGUGGCAAGAGCGAAAGCAGCGCUCGGCUAACGGCAGAUGCCCUCAUCUUGAACGGGACCUUUGAAGUGAGGGGAACUCAGCAGAAUGCCGCCACGGAAGCCGCGCAUGCAGAGUACAAGGUCCGCUUCCAGCCUAUCGAGAAGGCAAACGAGAGGCGCUUCGUCUACCUCAAGGCGCAGUCGAUCGGCACACCUCGACCGCACGUCUGGCGUCACUGUGUUGACGUGCUGACCACAGGUUAUUUCAACCAGUGGCAUCCCCGCUUUGAGUUUGCACGACGUCCUGAUGGCAGCCUCACAUUUUACGCAGGGAACACAGGCGUGGACAGUGUAUCUCGCUGUGACGAUUCGCCCGAAGCUCAGCCCGACAAUGGCGUCGUACUCUUGCAGGAUGGUGCGUGGCGCCGCAUGUCUGGGCCCGAUACCAAAUACCGGAAGGAGGGGUUCACCUGUGGCUGGGGCCAAUCCAAGAUCUUCGUGUCUGGUGACCGCAAAACGCUCUUCUCAACAGGUGGAUCAGGUCAGUACUACGCCUUCGACGAAGGGAAGGGUUGGUG